CUCCAGGCCCGGUCCUGGUCGCGCCAAUAUGGCGGCGCGAAACACUUUUUCGAUGUCUCCAUCUAACUUGUCUCACAAUUCGGUGUCGCCUCCACGACUGCCACCAACCCCUCCCCCGACUUCGACCGCGGUUUCGAAGUCGCCCCUGGAGUCGAAGGCGAGCUCUCCCACCCCACAGUCUCGCUCUACAUGCCCGGAGGAGUCACUGCCCCUAGCAGUGUUUUAUGGGCCACUGGAUGCCAAAAACCCUCUCCUGGCUACCUUCGAGAAGGAUAUCCGAGAGUUGAUAACCUUUAUGAAGAGGAAAAAGGCUUUAGCGACAACAGAGGAACAGAAGCAUGAAUUACACCGGCGUUGUGCCACCUUAUUGUUUAAUAUCUGGACCAAAUAUGGCCCCCGGCUGCCAGCUGCCUAUUACAAUGAAAAACUUCUGAAGGUUGGAGAUAGCCUUUGUGAAAUAAAAGAAUAUAAAUUGGCCCUUUUACAGUGCUAUGGGAGGUAUCUUCAGCAGUUCAGUACCAACUUUGAAGAGAAGGAAACAGAUGUCAAUCAAUUCAAAGCUGCCUUUUUCCCAAAAGGCUUGGGAGACAAAACUGCUAUACAUACAUUUCACGCUUUAAAUGGCAAAAAUAUUUGCAGCUACAAGCUGCUCUGUGACAAUGACAUGAACCUGCAGAAUAAAGAGUCUGUGACCCAGUGUCUGCACAUCCUGUCCACCUUCAGACUCAUCAUGCAGGUGGCUCUGCCACAGGAGCACCUUUGCUGGAUCAUCUACAACGGUACCAUUUACAUUUAUACCAUUUGCAGAAAAUUGAUGGUCAUAGGCCAGGCUUCUAAGGCCUUAGAAUAUCUCCUGUGGGCCAGUACUUGUAUGGAAUCUUCUGUUCCACUUCUGUCCACCAGGUACCUGACAUGGAGAGCUACUCUUUACACUGCUGUCUGCCAGUGCUACUAUGACUGCCAAGCAGGUAUUUUUGGAGAGGCAUUUGCUCGGCGUGCUUUAGCUAAAAUUGAUGAGUUAAGGCAACUGGAAUUAAUGAGUUCCUCACAAUCACGUGAAGACAACAGAAGCUAUUAUAGAGAGGCUACAAUAAAGAUGGCAGUGAUGAUCUUCAAAAGAGGAGUAUUUGAGUCUAGAAGAAGAAACAAAGCUUUCUUUAGACCAAAAAUAAGAGUCAACAUAAGGGAAGCACAAACUUUGCCGUGGCCACGAACCGUCACAGAAAAGUUGUUGGAUGAGAUGUUUGACAGCACCGCUUCUCGGUUUCUGGCUGUCUUAGAAGCUCUUUCUGAUUCAAACAGGCGGACACUGCAAGUUGGACCUGUUGUUAUAGAUGAAGUAGAAGUUCGUGAUGUUAUCUCAGAACUGUUUUUGGCAGGAAAAGACCUCUUCAUAAUGUCGACUACCAGUACAGAUGGAUUAUUUCAUUUUCCAAAGACAUCUCUUCUGCAACAUAUCAUAAAAGGGGACAAUGUUAUUUCUAUGGAUGCUGCUAUGAGAUUUGUAAAAUUAGCUUUUACCCAUGAGGAAUGGGGUUUAUUUGAAUCUUCAGCUGGGCAUCUUCUUGGAUUUCUCCAGAAGCAGGAUGAUCCAGAGUCCAAGAGAGCAGAGAAGGAUUUAAUUCUUCUUCUUGCAAUAGAACCUCUAAUCAACAUAAAGAGAAACAAGGGUUUGAUCUUUCCUUUGGAAAACUACAAAGAAGGACGGUCAUCUCAACAUUAUCUUAAAAAAUAUGUGUCCCAUAAUACUUCUAUGAAGACCAGUGGAUACUCAGAAGAUAUUUCCUAUUUGGCAAUGGUCUUGCAUACGUGUCUCUGUGACUGUCCCCAGAAUGUUCUGCCCGAUAAAGAAAUCACUGUGGACAUGGUAUCAUUCCUAUGGCAGAAAUGUAAAACAGGAAUUCAGCGGAUCAGUAUAUCCAGAAAUGAUUAUGCAAAAUUCAUCCAGAAACUCAGUACUAACAAAUGGGUUUAUCUUCUCUGGCAGAUAAAUGAAGUAAUUCAAUGCUAUCCAAUGGAAGAUGUUGACAUUGUGAUGGUGGCAGAGGUCACAUUACGGCUUAGUGAAAUAUUGGAAUCUUUAGGAAACCCAAGAAGAAAAUUUAAAAAAUCCUUAGAGCUACCUCCAAAAAAAGAAAAUGGUGAAUUCCGUGGGAGUUCAAGAUGGAACCCAGAAGUUCUCCCACUAUUAAAGAUGAAACCUAUGGAACAGUUAUAUUUGGCUUAUAAACUUCUUGAUAAAGCGAUUAGUGGAAUAAAUGUGAAGUGCAUGUUAACUACCUUGCCAAAUGGAUCUUCAGUGAUUGACCACUGCUAUACUAAAUACCCCCACAGUAUGGAUGGAAACAUUUACAAACCAGUUACACCAAAUAGUUUCAUAAUGGAUUUGCAUCUUGAACUAAUUCAAUCCCAGCACCGAGUCGCUGUGGUACUUCUUGACCAAUUGCAAGUUUUGCAGACUCCAACUGUUGGCAAAAAUACAUCUACCAAAGGUCCAGAAAAGCUAAAACAAUCUGGAAGCACUGAUUGUUUUACAGAAUUAACUAUAAUGAAUAAAAUAAAUAAGAAUAAACUAUCUCAGGCAAUUUACUUGAUGCAGAAAGCUCUUUUAAUAUUUGAGAAAGACGCAGCUUCUACAUCUUCACAUAACUUGUUGACGGAAGCAUAUUCUUUAAUUGAGAAGGUUGAAGCCGAGCAAAAUUCCCUAUAUUCAUAUCAGAAAUAUUUGGAAAGUUCAAAAAGAAAGAAAAGCAGAAUCCCUCCUCCACCCAUCCUGAUGUCCCGAACUCAUUGUUCUGUGACAUUAAAACCUGCUCCAUUUAUUUCAGAUGUUCAGGUCUCCUGGUACUGCAUUUUGGGUUGCAAAGCGAAAGGGAGCUAUGGAAAAGUGAGGCUAAACAAUAACCAUCUCCCAAACUCAGGAGAAGCGAUCCCAGCUGAUGGUAAAAGCAUUUUUGAAGUAAAAGGUUUAGAAACCAAUGAAAAAUAUAUAUUUGCAAUUGCUGCUUAUUCUUCUACUGGUAAGCUUGUUGGAGAUGCCGUGGGGGAGUCAACUAAACCAAUUCUGAUUUAUCCACCUCUUUCUGCUGUUACUGCUCGGACAUUCUUGACCCAGGGCGCCUAUCAGAUUGGCAAUUAUGAGUUGGCUAAGAAAGUUUUCUCACCAGUUUGGGAUUAUUUUGUUGCUUCACCACGUCAUGAUGAACAAUCUGUGAUCUCUUUAAGCAAUAUAAUGACGAUUACACAAAGAAGAUUAUAUCCAGAUAUUUUGGCAGAGACGUCUUCAAUCCUCUUAUACCUUUUUCUUAGAAAUAUUUUUGUAACAAGUGACAUUAAAAUUAAAGAAGAAAAUCUUUUCUGUGACAAUAUUAAAGGCAAUGAGAUUUUCCCCUCUCAACAAAUUGCUAGACUAAUUGAAUGUGAGAGAGUAUUAGUGGCAUUGGAACUUAGCAACUACCUGAAUGAUUCCAGUUAUACCCUUCAAGCUGUGACUCAAUGUUAUGGGCUCCUUGCUCCUAUAAUCUAUCACAAUAUUGUCUUGGUACCUGUUGUCCAGAUCUUGAUAAAAUGCAUAGUGGCUUUGCAAGGACUUCCACAUGUCGUCCACUCCAGGAAACAUGUGGCGAAUUUUGAAAGUUUACAGCACAUGAUAGCUUGUUGUAUCUUCUAUAUAACAAAGAUUCUGCGUUCAUGGAAGGAAUAUGACCUGGCAAUAAUGAUUAUAAAUUAUGGGAAAAAAAUGUUGGACAUCACACCCAAGUGCAAAUCUCUAUUUGGUUCUGUUGAACCAGAAGAAGUGCCAGAAGAGGAUCAUAAGAAGACUUCCAACAGUAAGAAGCCACAGCAGUUAUUACCAGAAAAAAUAAACGAACAGCUGGCCUUAUUGGAGACACAUCUACUCAAGCUGACAAAGCAAAGCAAUGUUACUACUGAACUCCAGGGAACAGAGGACCCUAUAUUUCUUUACCCCAUCGUUUUAAAUUGGUCAGUCAAAGGUGCUACAAAAGAAGUUAUGAAAUUUAAGCAGAGACCUAGAUUCCUGGAAUUCUUUACACAAGUUAUGAUGAAGUGCUUGAAUGAUGAAAAAUUUCACCUUUUGAUAGACAUAGCAAAUAAUGUCAAUGACUUCUUAAGGAGGAGGAAUGAGUCUCUAAUUGGAUUUAAAAAAGUGAAAAAUAAGGACACUGCUUUGUCUAAAAAAACGGCUAGUAAACCUUUGAGGAAGUUCAAAGCUGCGGUAAUGGAGAUUGGAAGAUCUGCAGAUGGGGCACAAAGAAAAAAAAGUAGAAGAAAGGAAACCCUGAAGGAAUUUUUCCGCAGAAAUCCAAGUGUUUCUGAAUUGAGUGAACAAGAAAGGAAUAAGAGAGCUGAUGUUAGAAAAAUAGCCCAUCGAUCUCUAGUAUAUAACUUGAAUCCUCUAGUACAUAAUUAUAAUAAAAAAAAGAGAUUUCAUCAAAUAUUUCUUGAGGAGCUUCCCUGGAAAUCUCAGAUGAACUUGUAUCUGGCAAGUGCACACUUCAAUUUGGUUUUAAUGAAACUAGGAGAUCGGAUGAAGACGAAAUCUAGCACUUUGCAUACAAUGGUCAGUUUCAGGUCAUGUGAUCCUAGUAUGUUCUCAUUAUAUAAUUCAGGAACAGUAUUACCAACAGGAAAACUGACUGUAGAAAGCUAUAAAGUGAUGCUUGAUUUCCUUCAUACAGCUAAGAAAAGAAAGGCCAACUUACCAUCAGAUGCUGAGGAAUUUUCAGUAUUUAUUAAUUCCAAAAUGAGCGAUGAAAACGUUUCUAAGACACAGAUGGUUUACGACUCGGACUCUCAAUCAGGUGUUAGUUCUAAGGACAAGGAACGAACAACAACUUCAAGUCUAUUGGAUCAUUUUACAAAAGUCUUUUUAUAUAUCAGGAGAGCAAUGAUUCUUGCUCAUCGUGGUGGCUACUGGACUCUGCUUCAAAACUGCUGCCGGGCCCUUUGGAACUUUACUCAGGAGCUACAAAUACUCCUUAAACAGGCAGUAGACCUGUAUAAAACAUUUCCUAUCAGCCAGGAAGGUUUCCUCUGUACUGCUGCUUUACCCUUCUGUUUGGGAGCAGACUUACUUAUUGACAUGUUAAUAGAACUACAAAAUGUCAAUGCUAUUACGAUUAUUGAAGAAAAGGAAGAAUUCAGUGUUCCAAGCUGCUAUGGAAAUAUUAAAAAUGACAACGGUGGUUUUAGCCUGACGUUUGAGCAUCCUCUGGAUGAUGUAAAUGUGGUUGACUUGAAAUGGAUCCAUGACUUUGUGUUAAAAUCUCUGGAAUAUUUAUAUCAAGUGGAAAAAUGGGAAGCACUAGUAUCGCUUGCCAUUCAGUUCAACAUAAUUUCACAUGAGAGAUAUACAGAGCAAGUGACACCACUCUUGGUAUAUGCCCAGCGCCAGCUUCUGCUGAGAAUAAGCAAGCCGGAUGGUCCAGCUCUUCUCCAACAACCAUGCGAAAGAUAUAAGACUGAAUGUGCAGAGAAGAUAACCUGCCGAAAUUUCACUGGGAAGCAACUCAAGGUUAAUCCUUCAGCACAAAAAACGAUAGAAGGAAACAUUUCAGAAGCCCUACAAAAGCUUAUUUUUUCAGAAUAUAGCCAAGCCAAAGAACACAUUUCUGUGCCCUUGGAUGUGACAGAUACUUUAAAAUGUUUUAGACAGACCUUGGAAAAAUCCAGAUAUCAUAACAGAUCAAUCCGACAUAGCAGAAAGUUGCUUACAUUACUUCUUGCACAGACACAAGGAGACAGAGCAGUAAACAAUUCAAAAUUUACUAGUGGAAAGGUGGAAUUUUGCCUGGGGACAGAAGAGAUGCAUCUGCCGACUCCCCCUGACCUUUCUCAGGAACAUUUCAGAGUUUUUAGUUCCGUGGAGAAAAGCAAACUCCCUUAUUCACAACUUGGACUCGUGAUUUCUUCUUAUCAUGAAACUAUAGAUGUUCUCCAAGCCAGCAAUCAAAGAAGCCUUAAAGUUCAGGCACUGCACGAACUUGGAAGUCUUCUCAUCUUUGCGGGAAAGAAAAGGGCUGCUUUUAAAUGUUGGUCUCAAGCUCUUGAUGACAUAUUCAGAAAGCAGGAUGUGCUGCAUACAUGGAAAGAGCUCGGUGUCUUGCUGACCAAUGUCACUGGCAGCUGCUCAUCUUCAGGUUUAAAAGACUACAGUGAGGAGUUUCUGUUGAAAGUCGGCAUUUGGGGGUGUUUGCAAGGAGCCGUCAUCUCAGCAAAAAUAGCACAAUUUAUUAAGACUUUGGACGUUGAGAAGCGAACCAACUGUUGCCUUUUGUCUGCACUACUCUUUCAGGGUUUGCUUAGAACCACACUUCCACACCCCAAAGCUGAACGUUGCUAUGCUCAGUAUGAAAUCACUCAACUUCUUCCAGGCAUUGAACUCUUCUCAGAUAGAUACAGGGCUGACAUCUGCUCUGUGGUUGCAAGUCUAUAUUAUGUUAUACGAGAGCUACACUUUGUCGGGCAAAGCCUCUUAACUCUGCCUCUCCUUGCAUUGUACCAAUAUUUUGUCUCGGGGAUUUGCCAGGACCUAGUCAGAAAUCUAGAAGCAAGAAUUCUCAAGAUAGAAAUACUUAUAGAUUUACGAUUCUUCUCCGAAGCCUUCUAUGAGAUGUCCCAGAUUUUUUACGGAAAAAACAUGCCUUCCUCAACACCUGCCAGCUUUAAAACUACUGGGAAGAUAAAGUUAUUUCAGUCAUUUGACUCAGGAAAACCUCUUGCCAGUAAAGAAAAUAUACAGGCACUCGAUGAAUUAAUGAAUAAAGGCAACCCUCUGAUUCUGGUGGCAGUUAGUCAACAGCAUCUCUUAAAUAAGUUUUCUUUUGUUAGAGCAUACUUUUUAAUAAAAGUGGCAGCAACAAUUAAUUGUGUCCCAGAUAAUACCAUAAAAGCAACCUGCUAUGGAUCUACUUCAGAGCGGAGCAAAGGAAACUUACCAAGCUUGAAAGAUCUAUACUUAAAGGAUGAUGGAAACUUACCUUCUCAGUUUUCCAAAGAGAACAGUAACUUCAGUUUUAACACUCUAAAGUCCAUUUUACUGAUAGAAGCUGAAGACAGGCUAAACGCUCUGGUGUCAGAGAUGGGGCCCAGCCACAGGAGUCUCACCCAGCUUUCUGCCAGCCAGUUGGAGAUUGUGGUGGCGUCUCAGCUGCAGCUGGCCGCCAUCGCUCUGCAGAGACAUCGGGCGGCGUACAGUGCUGCAAUAGUAUUUUCCACACUUAAACUUCUCCAGGAUUCAAAACUUUUUGAUAAGAAGGUAGUACAAGAUGACACAGAGAAUUCUACUUCUACAAAGACUUUUGCCACUGAAAAUAAAGAUGAUGAGUUUUUAGAUCCUAUUUCUCUCAAUUCUCGAGAAUAUUUCAACAUCCAUCUAUGGUUGAGGUGCUGCUUAGCCCUGGUGACUGCAUUUGUCGCACAAAUUUGUGGCAUUGGAAUCGUGAAAGAAAAUGAUAUGACAGAUUAUGUGAGCCUCAUCAAUGAAGCCUGUUUGGAGGCAAAAAGUUCAGGAGAUAGUGAGUUGCAGGCUGAAUUCUUGAUGCAAGCGGUAAUCAUUGGUCUACAAGAAAAACAUUUAAAGGCAGACAUCAUACGAAAGCUUCAGGAUAUAAUACAUUUGCUUGACGGAAAUGAGUUUAUUUCUCCUCGAUCUCAUUUAAUCCUGGUGAGAAGCAUGCUUUUGCUGGAUGACUUAACAAAAGCUGAUAAAUUCAAGGAAAAUCCCUCUUCAAAAACAGAAAAGUUAAAUCUGUUGACACAAUGUCACAACAUUCUUAUUGAACAGAUGCUAACUUUCGGAGAAACAAUUGAGUUUCCUUUGUCAAGCAAUGACUAUGCAAGUCCAUUGCAGCCUUUGAAAAAUGUCUAUCUUCCUCAUACCAUGUUAUUGGCCCAAACAAAAAUGAGAAUUGGGCAUACAAUAGCCAAGCAAGUAUAUUAUACCAGUAGAAAGAAGGAUCCCUCAAAGUGGUUGCCUGCCCUUCACCUUUUUGAAAUGGCAUUGAAACUCUGUAGGACAUCAGCGAAAGAAAAACCAGAGGUAGAAGCAGAAAUCCUUUUUCAGAAAGGCAAAAUAGAACGCCAAAUAUUGAUGGAAGAUAGAUCUUCAAGUUUGCAACCCGAGAGCUUAUUUAAGGCAAUACAACUAAGCCUGCAAAAUGACCAAAACUCAGGGUUGAUAAGAGACUCUUACCUAGAAAUGGCCUUAUUAUUUUUACAUCUGAGGAAUCCAAAGAACAAACUUUCAACAUCAGCAUUAACACCUCCGGUUCCUCUCAGAAGGCAUAGUUCCCUUAAAGAGCAAGUAGUGCCUAGAUUUGAAAUAUACACUUCAAUGGCCUGGAUUGCUAUAAGAGCUGCUACACAGGUCAGUGAAGCUGUGCUGGCAAUUAACCUACUUAUUGGAAAGAAAAAUGCCAGAAUUGAUAAAGUUAGUGAAGAAGCUUUACCAAAUAUCCCAGAAUUUGCCAGUGUGGAUCUUUUGUCUUCCUACACAGAUUAUCUGCUUGAAAACUACCAAGUUGUCUUCCAGACUGGGUGUACAUUUUCUUACCAGAGUAAUGAUGUUUUUAGCAACACAGAUGUUACAAAAAAUACUGAGACCAAAGUGGAUAUAACAUGGAUUCUUCUGCUGCGCUACUAUAUUCACCUGCAGAGGAUUAAUAAUAUGAGCAAACUCCUUGCAUCUCUAAAGCCAGUAUCAGGAAUUAUUUUGCCGGAUGAUACACUUCUCACAUCCCUUUUCAACUCUGGGUUGAUUUUGCGUCAAAAAGAAAUGCAUUUUUUCCUUAAAAGAUUCUUACAACUGUAUUCUUCCUCCUGUAUUGAUGAAUUUCCAAAAGAACUACUUCAAGGAUUGGAUUAUCAACCUUUUUCGGAAAAAGUCAGCUAUGAGUCAUCACACAAGAUAGGUCAUGGCAAUUCUCUACACUCCAAUUUAUCAUUAAAGCUCAGUGCCAGCCCAUCUGAUGGCAGCGUGGCACCAUCAGAUAUGGCAAUACAUGCUGUAAACAAAGAACUUUGCUUUCAGUGGUACAUUCCUCCCCUGGAAAUACCUCCAAAGGAAACAGAACCGAUGGUCUUAUUGUUAUAUGCAUAUAAUAUGAAGCCUCUGAAGAUUGCAGAUAUUAAACAUACCACUUGCAAUCAGUUAUUUGUUGGCUCUUUCUGGGUUCCACUCUACAGAGUUAUUUCAAUUCACGAGAAACUGUCUAAUCUUACGCAAAUCGCUGAAAUUUCAUUGCCAACAAGCCCUGAAGUAGCUCCAAAUGAAACUGUAUCUCAAGUACAAGAAACAGAAGAAACAUCAACUGAUAAAGAAUUGGAAUGCAUGAUUAUUGAAUGUUGCUCUGAAAUAAAUGCCCUGUUUCAGAGUGAUGGAGAGACAACACUGCUAACUGAGGCAAAAGCAUCACCAUGUCUUUAAUAUUGCUCAACAAAUCAUAAACAACUUCAACUGAUUUGCAGUUUGCCACCUGCCAAGUUGUUUUCUUCCUUUCUCUCUACAAAGCCUUUCCUAAUGAAGGAAAAGAAAGCAGAAUUCCCUAGUAUCUUACCCUGGACAAUUUGGACUCAAAACUAUUUAUGAAAAAAAAGAAAAAAUUAAAGACUACUGUUUGAUUUCAUUUUUUGCCAUUGCCAAUCUUGUUUCCACUGAAUA